AAGGGACUAAAUCCAGCGAAAACUUAGUGAAAACAACCUGAGGAAAAGCUGUAGACUGUGAGUCAAGAUGGGGAAUGGCAAAUCUAUAGCUGGUGAUCAGAGAGCAGUUCCUACACAAGGGACCCAUGUGUGGUACAGAACAUUUAUGACGGAAUAUCCAUCCGGCCUGCAAACACUACAUGAAUUUAAGACGCUUUUGGGUCUGCAAGGUCUGAAUCAGAAGGCCAAUAAACAUGUUGAUCAAGUUUAUAAUACCUUUGACACGAACAAGGAUGGAUUUAUUGACUUUUUGGAGUUUAUUGCUGCUGUAAAUCUAAUCGUGCAAGAAAAAAUGGAGCAAAAAUUAAAAUGGUAUUUUAAGCUGUAUGAUGUUGAUGGAAAUGGUUCUAUUGACAGAAAUGAACUACUGGACAUGUUCGUGGCGGUACAAGCCCUCAACGGCCAGCAAACCCUGAGUCCUGAAGAAUUCACCAACUUGGUGUUCCGUAAGAUCGAUAUAAAUAAUGAUGGAGAAUUGACUUUAGAAGAAUUUAUCAAUGGCAUAGCAAAAGAUCAGGAUCUCCUGGAGAUUGUUUACAAGAGCUUCGACCUCUCCAAUGUGCUAAGAGUAAUCUGUAAUGGGAAGCAGCCAGACACGGAGAUAGACUCCUCCAAAACUCCUGACAAGGCUGGCCUAGGGAAGGUGAAAAUGAAGUCGCUGUGAGAAUACCUUUCCCAGCUAUCAAUGAGCACAACAUUUCAAUAGAGAAGAAAUAGAAUCUUCCCCAUGUACAUGCUGUUGAUUUCAGGUCUUUGUUAUAAUUCAUAUAGGCUUGUGAAUAUAGCACUUAUUUUAAUCCAAUAGAGACUUCCAUAAAGAUCCUAAACAGAUGCAUUGUUGCUUUUCUGUGCUCUCUCUGCGGAUUAAAACAUAAUAAUUACACU